AUGGAUGAAUUGCUUUCUUCAGGGAAGAGCUGUGAGAGUGUCAGGAAUAAAGGAGGCUCCUUAAUAACACUGAAGGAUCAUGUAGGUCUUGGCCUUUGCCUGGUGGAGGAUGAUUCAAAGGGAGGACUGGUGGUCAGGUCUCUGACCCAGCAUGGCACUGCCAGUAAGCAUCUGAUCAAGAACCUGCCCAACUGCUGUGUGGUCCAUCAGUAUGACUUCUUCAAGCCCCAAGAUCAGAUUGAAGUUGGUGAAGAUGGCUUUAAGCAGUACGAUGUCAUUAGUGCUCUGGACAUGGACGCCAUGAUGAGCACGAUCUAUGCAUGGCUGGAGAACCUGGUGAAGUUUGAGAAGUCUCUUGACUUUAAUAAUACCCUGGAUACAGAGAUUGUUCCGAAGUCUGACCACAAGGAGGAGGAGAUUCACAUCCUUAUUGUGGAGGGCUUCCUGCUUUACACCUACAGACCUCUGACCAACGGUGCUAAACCAACGUUACUUUUUUUUCCGUCCCAUAUGAAGAAUGCAAAAAGAGAAGGUGCUCUAAGGGAAUACAUGGUGUCAGACGCCUUCGGCCUGUUCAACGGCCACGUCUGGCUCAUGUAUUUGCAGCACAAGAACAUCUUGAUCUGGUUGGUAAACUAA